AGGCGCAGAAGCAUAUCACCAGUUCAGCAGCGAUAGCAGAAGCGUCUGGAUCACUUAUUUAAAGUCAAAUCUGAAGAACGUUUUUCUAAAAGGAAUUGUUUCUCAGGAAGAAGAAAUGAUACGACAUGUACUACUUUUGCUCCUUGGAGCUCAUCUUGCCUCUGCUGGAACACACUCUCUGAGAUACGUCUACACUGCUGUGUUUGGAAUCAAUGACUUCCCAGAGUUCACUGCAGUCGGUCUGGUAGAUGAUCAGCAGUUUGAUUACUUUGACAGCAAAAUAAUGAAAGCUGUGCCGAAGACAGAGUGGAUCAGACAGAAUGUGGGAGCAGAUUACUGGGACAGACAGACUCAGAUUUGUAUUGGCAGCCAUCAGACCUACAAAGUUGACAUCCAAACCCUAAAGGGACGCUUCAACCAGUCAACAGGUGUGCACACAAUCCAGGAGAUGUACGGCUGUGAGUUUGAUGAUCAGACUGGAGCAACAAAUGGGUUCUACCAGGAUGCUUAUGAUGGAAAGGACUUUGUGUAUCUCGAUUUAAAGGAGAUGAGAUAUAUUUCCCCAGUGUAUCAAGCAAUCCCCACGCUACAGAAAUGGAAUGAUGACAAAGCCUUCCUUGAGACAGGAAAAAAUUACCUCAACAUUCAGUGCAUUGAGUGGCUGCAGAAGUAUCUACAGUAUGGAAAGAGCAGCCUGGAGAAAAAAGUCUCUCCUCAGGUGUCUCUGCUGCAGAAGUCUUCCUCGUCUCCAGUCGUGUGUCAUGCUACAGGUUUUUACCCCAGUGGAGUAACAAUCACCUGGAUGAGAAAUGACCAAGAGCAUCAUGAGGAUGUGGAGGUUGGUGAACUUCUUCUCAAUGAGGAUGGAACCUUUCAGAAGACGAGCACCCUCAAUGUUAAACCUGAUGAGUGGAAGAAGAAUGAGUACAAAUGUGUGGUGGAACAUCAGGGCAAAACCAAGACAGCAAAUGAGAUCAGGACAAACAAUGUAGAGUCUGUUCCCAUUGGCAUAAUUGUUGGUGCUGUUGCUGCUGUGGUUCUGUUGGUUGUCAUUGCUGUUGCUGCGUAUAUGGUGUAUCAGAAGAAAAAAGGCUUUAAACCUGUCAGCGCCUCUGAUGAUGGUUCUAACAGCUCAGCUCAUACAGAUCCGCAUGCAUGAAGAUGAGACCAGAAUUGUGGGAGAGAUGAAGUUGAAUGAUGCUUAUCCUGCUCUCCAUCUUGCUUACAGAGCUGCACAUAAACACACUCACACACACACACUCACACACACACACACACACACACACACACACACACACAGCACAAUAUCACAAAUUUCUGUGAUGGGAUUGAUCUGUCUUAUGGUUUUUCAUUAAUUACAUCUAAAAAGUAAAGUUUCCUGUUCAUCCUUUGGAAAAUGUAAGAAGAACACAAUAUUGGAAAUAAUUUACAUGGUUGAUUGAUUUGUGAAAGAUUGAUUUAUAUGCUGAUAAGUGAUGACUCAAAAAAAUAAAUGAUUAGUAGUCUGUGUAUACAGUCAAUGUCAAACACCUGGGUUAAACAGUCUGUCUCUCGAUCUAAAAAGUGGAUAACAGAUUGGAUAAUUUUACAUCAACUAUAUUAAACUAUCAACUUGUAGGCUUUGUGUUUUAUUCGUGGUCUGGGAUUAAUGGGGGUUUCAAUUUAUAGUUUCUUUUUUGUUUUAAAUGAUUUAUAUGAUAAAGCUGUACAAUUAAACAUUUACAUGAAUAUCUAAGCAGUACAAUACAUUUUUUUUCUUUUUUCUUAAUAAUCUAAUAUGAGAUACAUGAAUGUCUUUGUAUAUUGGUUGCCUUUGGGUUGUAAUGUUUUUUUAAUUAUUUACAAAUAAAGAAACCUCACAGAAAGGA